AUGUCAUAUUUUCUCAUCUUUGGCGUUGGAGUAGUCCUUGGAAUCACCUUUGGUUUAUACGUCAAAGACAUGUCCUUCACUUUCUUACUCAACCAACAAUUCUCCACCUUCUCAACAAACAUAAAACCAAUCGAUUCAUCCCCUCCUCCACCACCACCUCCUCCUCCUUCCCGGCCAGCGGUUCGUGAUAUUGGGUUGAAUGAGUUCUUGAAGCCCUCCAAGGUUAUGCAUGAUAUGGGAGACGAGGAGUUAUUGUGGAGGGCAUCAAUGGUGCCAAAAAGAAGUAUCUAUCCAUUCAAGAUAGUACCAAAGGUUGCUUUUAUGUUUUUGACUAGAUGGUCUCUUCCAUUGGCUCCUUUGUGGGAGAAAUUCUUUCAAGGACAUGAAGGAUUGUAUUCCAUAUAUGUCCAUUCAAAUCCUUCCUUCAAUGAAACAGAGGUGCCACAGAAUUCUGUCUUUUAUGGAAGGAGGAUUCCUAGUAAGGAUGUGCGAUGGGGAAGCUUCACCAUGGUGGAGGCGGAGCGGCGGUUAUUGGCCAACGCCUUGCUGGACUUCUCGAACCAGCGCUUCGUCCUCCUCUCGGAGUCUUGUAUUCCACUCUUCAACUUCCCCACAAUCUACAAUUACCUAAUAAACUCGACCGAGACGUAUGUUGAGUCGUAUGAUUUGCCAGGCUCAGUGGGGCGAGGCCGAUACAACCGAGGAAUGUUACCCCUGAUUCGGCUCUCUGAAUGGCGAAAAGGCUCUCAAUGGUUCGAAAUGGACCGUGAACUAGCUAUCGAGGUGAUAUCGGACCAGAUUUACUACUCUGCAUUUAAGAAAUUUUGCAGGGGAUCAUGUUAUGGGGAUGAACAUUACUUACCAACGUUUCUUCACAUCAAACGGUGGAGAAUGAACUCGGAGAGAACCUUGACUUGGGUUGACUGGUCAAAGGGUGGACCCCACCCAAAUAGGUUCCAGAGAACAGAUGUUAACAUUGGGUUUUUGGAGAGAUUAAGAUCAGCUGGUAGGCAAUGUGAGUAUAAUGGGAAUACUACCAAUGUUUGCUUCUUGUUUGCAAGGAAGUUCACCCCAAAUGCUUUGGAUAGAUUGCUCAGGUUUGCCCCAAGACUCAUGAACUUUUAA